AUGGACGCCAUGGCAAAUUUACCCCCAACCCAAUCUGUGAUCAAUCAAACCAUUCCGUCUAGUUCGAAUGUGCAUCGUUCAUUUUCGCAAAAAAACUAUCACAUAAUAGCUAAACAACUUAGGAAGCGGUUACGGAUUGCUUUAUUCAAGAUUCAGAGUAAGCGAGAACGGACACCGUUGUACCGAAUCAUGAAUUCAUGCAGAGCAGUCAAACAGUAUGGUCUUGAAAACACGCCACACCAGCAAGAGCCCUUGCCAACACCUAGUACGACUUUCUGUCCAUCCUAUACAAUAGACUCUAAAGCGGAGAUUCGAAUUCAGCCAACCGGGCUUGAUUACAAGCACGGCAUUCAUAUUGAUAAAAACCGGUGCCUUACCCCUCGCUACACUACAAGCAUUAGUCUGCAGCGCGAAAAUUUAGCUCUGUCUACCGGAAGUGAUCAGGAAAGCGGAUAUAGCGAUGAUGGCUAUGAAGGUCGUAGGGUUCCUUCCAUCGUGUCAACCACCUAUCAUAGUCCCACCACAGACCAUCUAAUGUGGAUAAAUACACCCAUUUCAGAUCCUAUUGCAUUAGUUCCGGUUCAUAGUCCGCAUAGCCAAGCACUGAACACAUCGCAGUUAGGUCACUUGCAGACUUGUGCUAGUAUUCAACCGGUAAAGGAUGGCAACUCUGCAGAGUUUGAACCUAUUACGUUGCCGUUGAGAUUGAAAUCUCUCCAACCAGUCAACUCUACAAGACACUCUCGCAAUAUUGUCACAUUGCCAUGUUUAUUACAACCGCUCAAACCUAAAACUCAUUGUAAUCAAACGCAUCCUUUAUACAUGUAUAAUACUUGUCAACGACAACAACUUCCGUCAUUACGGACAUUGUCGCUACUGGACUGUCAUGGUAUGACUCCAUAG